GCCAAUAAGAGGCAACUCUUUGCGUGCAGUUCAGAUGGGAAUCACCAAAUAUUUCUGUUUAGAGCUACUACAACUCAAAUCCAUAGUCACAGCCAUAGGUACUAAAGUUGCACACACAAUGUCGAGUGAAGAGGACGUACAUCUUUGAGGCGGCAGAAUUCAAAGCACAUUUGCAUAAAUGGCAGACGAGGAACGAAACAAAACCUCAACUGUGCAGAUUGGACAUAGCCUUUAUCUCCCUGUUAUCACAAACCAGAACAUGAACUUGCUCAUUCGGGGAGUGGUUCUCUUUUCCAUUGGUGUCUUCUUAGCACUUGUAUUGAACUUGUUGCAGAUUCAAAGAAACGUUACUCUCUUUCCUCCUGAUGUGAUUGCCAGCAUUUUCUCAUCAGCGUGGUGGGUUCCACCAUGUUGUGGCACAGCGUCUGCUGUGAUUGGUUUGCUUUAUCCUUGCAUUGACAGCCAUCUGGGAGAACCACACAAAUUCAAGAGAGAAUGGUCCAGCGUAAUGCGUUGUGUGGCAGUUUUUGUUGGGAUAAACCAUGCUAGUGCUAAAGUAGACUUUGCCAACAAUAUGCAACUAUCCCUUACAUUAGCAGCACUUUCCAUUGGAUUGUGGUGGACAUUUGACAGAUCUCGAAGUGGUUUAGGACUUGGAAUAGGAAUUGCAUUUCUUGCAACACUAGUCACUCAGCUUUUAGUCUACAAUGGUGUUUACCAAUACACAUCUCCAGAUUUCCUCUAUGUUCGCUCUUGGUUACCUUGUAUAUUUUUUGCUGGUGGAAUAACAAUGGGAAAUAUAGGACGCCAGUUAGCAUUGUACGAGUGUAAAGUUAUUCCAGAGAAACCUCAUCAAGAUUGAUGUAAUAGUGUGGGAAUUUGAAGGCUUCAAAUUGACGGCUGGAAAUCAGGAUGAUAUGCCAAAUGAAUGUAAAAAGCUGUAAAUAAGGAUUCCAGUAUGAAAUUGCAGAAGCUGCAGUUUUGUUUUUCCUUACUCAUUCUGCUACAUGAAGUGCAAUCUGUGAUUGCAGGUGGUGCAAAAAAAAUAUUUUGUUGUGUGAAUAAUAUAUCUACGAGACCAUUAAUCUAUGUGUAACAUUUAGCCUCAUUUUUAGAACAUGUUGUUAUUUACAUAUGUGUGGUGAUCAUAUACAAAUAAUAUAAUACCUGAUGUGAGCAAAAGACACAAGUUUUACCCAUUUGCGAUGCUCAUUCGGCAGAAUCGUGCAGUUAUUUAGUAAGCAUAAUUUUCAAACACUUUAAGUUAUCUUGUUAUUUAGUUUUCUCAUUUCACUAGUUGGCAUGCAUCUGUUUAGAAAGUCAGGACAUAAAGUACAUUAUUAUUUCUGAUUUUUUUAAAGUUUACUAUGUGAAUAUUUCAUGCCUUGCAGGGAAUAUAGUUAUCUGAACUUCCUGGUUCCUCCCAACUUUUUAGAGUCCUGCUUGCAGCAGAAGAAAAAAGUACUUACUAAUGCAUGAAGCUGCUUUCACCAAUAUGUAUUGACAUAGAUGUGAUGUUUCUAAAGCAAUAAGCUAUUUAUUGAUACUUCAAAAAUUUGAAUGCUUCUAAUUUUAUUUCAUAAAACAAAACUUGGAUGUCCUUCAGCUUUUGCAGUUGAAAUGAUGACGUUUACUAUAUGUAUUUUGUUUAGAAUAAAGAAAAUUAACUUGGAACAAGCACCCUUUAUGAAGUUUCAGUUAAAGCAAGAUAUUUAUUGUACAAAUUGCUUUCGUUCUUUUCAUCCAAAAUAUCAAAUUUUAGGUGGGAACAAAAGCAUUUAGCCUCUCGGGUAUUGUAGACUAAUUUAAUCUGAAUGCCCCUGAAUAUAUUUCGGUAAAGUUGGUGUCUCUUGCCCUGUAAUGAAACAAAAUCUUCCAUUUUUAAACAUUUCCCUCCAGUUGUAUAACUCAACCUUGUUAGCUUUUAAUCACACUUGGUAGUGAUUAAGAAAAUAAUAACGCAAAAGGAAAGCUUUUGAAGACAAAAUUCCUGAUUGUGUAGGAUUAUGUACAAAUGUAAACAUGCAGGGGAUUGUUUAAUACUAUCAAUUGUUCACUUGUACAUGUGUAAAUCUUGGAUUUUGCUGCACCUAAACAAAUCACUAAUUCUUUGCUGAUGUAUGUAACCUGCUUUGUGGCAUUCUGAAAAUUUGAAGUGUCAAUUGAUAGGACUUUUGGGUCAGCAGUUAUGUGGAUGGAGCCUCAUUAAUGCAGUGCAUUUAGUAGCUUCGACUAAAAUGAAAUAGCUGACUGCAAUGUUCUAUAUUGUGUUUUCUUGGUAUGCUCAGGUUUGUGGCUUUCCAAAAUAUUUAGAACAGGUUAUGCCUCGACUUUGCUAAGUAAAACGCUGAAUAAUGAAAAAAAAAAUCAGUGUGCAAUUUAACACAAAUAUUAAAGCUGCCAGGUUUUCAAUUUUGUCAAUUGAAGUAGAAUGAUUGAGUUUCAAAUACAGACGCAUUUUAUAUGUAUUUUUGAUCUCAAUGAAAUAUUAACCAUGCAAUGCACCAGUAGUGUUUAUGAUUGUUUACUUUGAUUUGCCUGUAUGCAAAAGGAGCUCGAGAUUCUUUAGCCAUUGUGUGGUAUCACAAUGGUUAUGAACAUUAGAGUGUAAAUGUAAGAUACUUAAAAAAAAAAUAAAAUGACAUAUUUUUCACAAUAAAAGUUUAUAUUA